UUGCGAGUUAGUGUGAUUAUUGAAGUGUGAGGAAUGCGCUACACAGGUACGUCGCUACGGUAUAUAAAGUGUAACAAGAAACAACGUGUCAGACCAGACCCAACAUCGCCUCUCACCAUGUACCUUCAGCUGUUCCUGGUAUCCUGCGUGGUAGUGGUAAUGUCCGCCUUCCCCCAGCCCGGCCACGACCAUGGGUUCCACGUGGAGUACAAGGAAGAUUACUACGACCCUCACCCCAAGUACAAGUUCGAGUACGGAGUCCACGACAGCCACACUGGUGAUGUCAAGAGCCAGAAGGAGGAGCGUGACGGGGAUGUGGUGCACGGCAGCUACGAGCUGGUGGAGGCGGACGGUUCCAAGCGCGUCGUCCACUACACAGCUGAUCACCACACUGGCUUUAACGCUGUCGUCCACAGGGAACACAACGUCCAUCCUCAACAUUACCAACAUCACCAGGAACACAUCCCAGAACACCACGAAUACUCACAUUAUUGAAAUAACUUUCUUCAGGUGUAUUUAACAAUAUUUUGGUGGUUAUUUCGGCAAAUAAAACAUGACCUCUACACACGCUGGUAUUCUCGAAUUUAUGGACUUUCAAAAACACAUAUUAACGUAACAUUCUAAGUUGAAGAAUAGUCAU